AUGUCGAAGCGUAGGGACAGAAUAGCUGUUCCUCAUGACCAUGGAGCAACUCUCUCCCGCGAAUGCGGCGGAGACAGGUGGCGCAUACAGAGCUUACAAAUGGCUCCGGGGAUUAAUGGUCGGAAGAUCACUUGGCUCAAUAAAAAUGGAAUCUUGGGUUUGGUUCAAUCCAUUAUUUGGAGCCAAAAGGAAGCCAAAGAACCCUUUUACAUACUUGACCUUAGCCUCCUCAUCAAUCUCCUGAACCACUGGGCUCGUCAUCUACCAAUGAUUCAGCCGUAUUACGCCGUCAAGUGCAACCCCAACACUGCAUUUCUUGGUGCCAUGGCUACUCUUGGCUCUAGUUUUGACUGUGCUAGUCGAGCUGAGAUCGAAUUCGUUUUAGCUCUUGGUGUGUCGUCGGAUCGAAUCAUCUUUGCCAACCCAUGCAAGGCUGAGUCCCACAUCAAGUACGCGGCAAGUGUUGGUGUUAACUUGACGACUUUCGACUCGAUAGCUGAAGUCAAGAAGAUUAAACGAUGCCACCCAACAUGCUCAGUGUUGAUCCGAAUCAAAGCUGUGGAGGACACUACGUCGCGGUCUCCAUUGAGCUCCAAGUAUGGUGCACUCCCGAACGAGAUAGUGCCGCUCCUACAAGCUGCUCAAGCUGCAGAACUCGAUGUCGUUGGCGUUUCGUUCCACAUUGGAAGUGGAGGUAGCGACGUGGGCCUUUAUCGUAUUGCCAUAGCUGCCAUCAAAGCCGUGUUUGAUGCUACAGUUCGACUAGGAAUGUCGAGAAUGAAGGUGCUCAAUAUCGGAGGCGGUUUCACGGCCGGCCCGCACUUCGACGGAGCGGUGGCGGCCGUCAAAGAAGCGAUAUCGGAGCAUUUCUACAAGGAAGAAGGGUUGGUGAUCAUGGCGGAGCCAGGGCGGUUUUUUGCAGAGAAAUGUUUUACAUUGGCGGCGAACAUAAUCGGGAAGCGCGUGAGAGGAGAUCGCCGGGAGUAUUGGAUAACUGAUGGGAUAUACGGUUCCAUGAACUGCAUAGUCAACGAUCAUGCGGUUGUCACGUGCACACCAUUAGCCACCACCUCUAACCCUAAAAAUCUGACGUGUCAAAAUGCUGAUCUGUACAAAUCCACUGUGUUUGGACCAACCUGCGAUGCUUUUGAUACAAUUUCGACUACUUACUGGCUGCCUGACUUGGAGGUGGAUGAUUGGUUGUUGUUUCCUAACAUGGGUGCUUACACGUCAGCAACUGGGUCAAACUUCAAUGGGUUUGCCACGUCCUCCAUAUCCACUCAUCUUGCUUACUCAGAUCGUUUAUGA